AUGUCGGCCUCGCCAGAGCCCAAGGCCCCCAGCGACGACGCCAAGGUCGACGAGAUCGACGACACUGGCCCCGAGGCCGACUCUGCUCCUCCCCCCGACCCCCCAAAGCGCAAGCGCGGCCGCCCUCCAGGCAGCAAGAACAAGAAGACCCUCGCCGCCGCGGCCGCUGCUGCCGACGCAGGCACCUCCGACCCGCCCCGCAGACCGCGCGGCAGGCCGCCCAAGCGAAAGCCGGAAGAGGGCGCGGCGACUGAAGGCGGCGACCCGCCCAAGAAAAAGCGCGGUCGUCCCCGCAAGAAUCCGCUCCCGGAGCCCGCCGCUGCCCCCGCUCCGCCUCCCGCGAGCGAGGAGGCCGAGUCCAGCACCGCCGCUGCCGCCGCAGCUGGCCCCUCCGACGCCCCUCAAGUCAAGCGGAAGCGAGGCCGGCCCCGGAAGGACUCGUCGUAA